AUGCUGCUGUGGUGGUGUGCAAACAUCUCCUGCAGGUUGGCUGCAGCGUGGUUUCCCCUGCUCUUCUCAUCACUGCUAUGGCAAUCGAUCUCACCCAUACAUGCCAUCCCAUCCUGCCCACGGAGCUGCAGUUGUCCAGGGGUUAAAGAGGUCCACUGUACUUUCAGACAUCUUACCACCAUACCAAGAAUAUUUCCAAAAGACACUGAGCGGCUCAACCUAGGUUAUAACAGCCUGACAGAAGUGGAGGGGUCAGAGUUCAGGUCACUACAGCAACUGGAAAUGCUCAUGUUGCAUGGCAAUGACAUUAGCACAGUCCACCCUGGAGCAUUUUACAGCCUGAGAUCUCUACAGAUCUUGAAGUUGAGUUACAACAAGAUCACAUCAGUGAACCCUGGUCUGUUCGAGGGUCUUAUUGGUUUGAUCCGUCUCCAUCUGGACCACAACCUGAUAGAAUUUAUAGAGCCAUAUUCCUUCUCCGGUCUUACCUCCUUAAAACUCCUGCAGCUGGAGGGAAACCUUCUCCAAGAGAUCCACCCUCAUACCUUUAUAACGGUGUCACUACUAGGAACCUUUUGGACCUCUGGACUCAAACAUUUACAUCUGUCAGACAAUCUCUUGGAGCAGCUUCCUGCUGCAGCACUGAAGACAGCUUCCAGGCUGGAGCUUCUCACUCUACAUGGUAAUCCCUGGACCUGUGACUGUCAACUCCACUGGUUGGUAGAGUGGAGCUCGUCACACGAAGGUAUAAUAAAGUGCAAGAAGGAGCGUGGCUCCAGCGAAACCUGCCCCCAGUGCUAUUCUCCUCAAACCCUAAAUGGAACUCUGUUGCUUGGAUUAGCUUCUGACAAACUAACCUGUGUGCCUCCCGCUCUUCGGUCCCCCCUCAAAAAGUGGGACAAUCCUGUGUGGGCUGAAUCUGAAGCAGAGCCUGACCUCCCGUACACCAGGGACUUUGAGAAGCCUUUGGGGCAUCUGACCUUUGUUCUGUCUGACAGCCAUGGAAACAAUGCUCACUUGGCAUGCGAUGUGCGUCACCCUGGAGACAGCUUACCCAUGACCUGGACAGUAAAUCCACUUUCACCUCGGGAGGUAUCUGUCAAUGUCUCAUUAAUGACUGCCCUUGAAUGUGAGAUUGACCGAGAGACGUUGCAAAAUCUGUGGCAAUUGGUUGCAUACUACUAUGAAAGCCCUGCCAUCCUGGAGAGAGGUCAUCUGAGAGGAAAUGACAGCAGAGUUACCUAUCAAUAUGCACAGGUUGUUAAUGAAAACUCCCCAUAUUUCACUGAUUUAAAGGGGUAUUUGGUAGCAGAACCCUCAUGGUUGCUUCAACCAAGAGUUACUUUAAAGCUCAACAGAAAGCAGACAACAACCAAGAAACUGGUUAUGGAUUUUAAUACUGUAAUCACAAGACACAUGAGCAGUAAUACAGGGCAGCAGGAUGACAAUGAAUCUGCCCCGUCCUGGGCUCUAAUUCACAGAAAAACAGCAGGGCGGAUUCAGACUGCUCUUGAUGGUUCAAAGGUUCAAUUAGAGUGUCGUGUUGUCACUUCAGAUCCUGAGAUAAAAAUUGAGUGGAUGCUUCCAGAUUUGUCCAUUGCUGAAGAAGUAACUGAUAAAAUAGAAAUUUCUCAAAGAGGAGAACUUGUGAUUUUAAAUGUCACACUGUCCGACUCAGGUCUUUACCACUGUAUGGUCAGAACCAAAGCAGGAGUGGACUUAGUGCCUUUAAGGCUCACUGUGAAAGAACGCUCACUCGGGCCCACUGCUUUCAAUGGUCAGAAAAUCAUCGUGGAAAAGGGACAAUCUUUUUCUCUCCCUUGUGACGUUACCACAGUCCAGCCCAGUCAAACUAUGUGGUACCUGCCCAAAAACCAAAUUCUUCUCCCCACACAACAGACAAGACGAGCAGAGGUAAUGGAAAAUGGGACUUUGGUGGUAAAAAAGUUGACAAAAGAAGAUGCAGGAGAAUACAGCUGUUUAACCUCAAAUCUGUAUGGAGUUGACAUGCUGUCUCACGCAGUGGAAGUCACAGAAAAAAAGGCUUCUGAUCGAUCCAAAGAACAGCAAAUUUUGCCAUUUGCUGUGGAGGAAGGAGAGGGUUCAGGGGGCGAUUACCAAGAAAUUAUACGUCCUUUUGCUACGCAGUUCCCCAAGAAGCUGGGAACACAGCAAAGAAAUCCAAAUGGUUUUUCAAAAAGGAUAGGAAUUAAAGAUUCAAAAAGAAAACCAGCUAAGGAAUUUGAUCUUAAUCAUUUGGAAGAGAUAUCUACUAAAGCUAAACCAAGUGUUUCUAUGCCUACAAAGCAGUCACUACCAGAGCCAAGCACAGUUUCCUUCCAUACAGUUACAUCCAAACAUUUCACUACACCUGCUUUUACAAUUUCUUCCAAUACUUACAACUUAGUCCCUACCACAACCCCUUCUGUUUUAAGUAUACAGCAAACCAAUUUCCCCAUAAAUAGAAAAACAACGAAUUACAACUUUUCUACAAAGAAAAAUGUGGACACUGAAAAAGAUUCAAAAAUGUCAGAAAGUCAGUCAGAGGUUUUGCAACAUCCAACUCCAGAAUCAACACCACUCUAUAUUGUUGUGAGCACAGAAAAAGCAGCAACAGUCACAGACCAUUCUGGUGUUAGAAUUCCUCAACCUGUCGAACAGUCAAAAAAUCAGCAAUCAGGAGAGGGGAGAAGGAAAUACAACCUCAUUCCUAAUCAGUCAAACAGGAGACGGCCACCUUAUAGGCGGAGAAAACCACCAUUGAGAAGGGUCCAUCCGCAUUUGCACCCCUUCCACCAUUCAUCAGUCAAGCCCCAAAGACCUGUUCCCCCAACAACAACCACACCGACAACAACAACAACUACUACCACCACUGCUACCACCACUGCUACUACCACUGCUUUGACUACUACUUCUUCUGCUACUACAACUGUGACUGAAAAUGAAAUUGUCUCUGCAGAGUAUCAGACUGAGGAACAUGAAGAUGAUUACAAUGAAGAAUACACUUACAAGCAUACUGAUGGUUCAGAUGCAGGGAAAGAUUUAAACAGUGUAACUCCUACCACUACGGAAUUUAUUACCACAUUUUUACCAGAACAAGAUUCCAAGGAAGGUAGCUCUCAAAGUGAACAUAAUUUACCUUACCCAAAAACAAUUGUCACUCCAGAGCUGGACAGUAUCCCCCAUCCAACUGAAAGGGCAUCUGAAGAAAAGGAGAGAGACACUACUGUUAACAAAAACACAGAAGAACACAAAAACACAGAUUGCAAUGACAAAGACACAGAAAAAUCUGAUAAGGAGAGGGUUUCACUGAACAACAAUUCCCCAGAUAGCAUUAGGUUGUCAACACAAGAUAGAUCAAGAUCUAACACCAGACCUUCACAAGAACAAAAUACACCAACUCAAACAAGAGAUUCAUCUUCCAAGACUAUUACUUCACAUUCAUCAACAGGCAGAGCAAGAGAAGAAGUCAAAAAGGGAGAGGACAAAGAAGUUUACAAGCCAGAAACAAAGAUGGAAAUCCAUAGAUUCCCAGUCAUGGAACCAGUUCAUCCCUGGCUCCAUCAGAGCAAUAAGGGAGGAGGGCAAAGUACUACUUCAAGACCAACCCCUGCAAACCAAGACAAAAUUAGACAGAGACAAGGUGGAGUGAAUUCAGGCAGGCAUUCCCAGCUUCCCAGUGUCCUCCCGACCUCUCGCUGGCCUUCUUACCAUCAUCAACAUCACCACUACCCCGUGUACCCUUACUGGCCAGGUCAAAGAUCAUUUACCCCUCCAAGGCAAGGGUCUGGGUUACAACCCAUGCCCACAUAUCGACCCUGGCCCCUCCCCCACCCCUGGGCAAAAGACCUGGUUGUCACUAACCGUCCAGAAAUCACAGCUGAAACAAUGAAGCCUACGCCUACCAUUUCUGCAACAACAGGAAACUCCAGGCACAGAAUCUCUCAUCCCAACCUGCCGAAUCAUCAUCUUCAUCAAAAUCAUCAUUUUGAUGGUACAACCCAAACCAGAGAUCAACUCUUUUUUGUAAGGCUGAGGAACAGAUACAGACAGGCGCAGCUUGAUCGCAUUGCUCAGCUAGGGAGGACUGUGACACCAAAACCCCGCUCAAGCUUCCACAAUCCUCCCCUUUCCAUUCCACCUAAAAUUCAUAAUCAAUCUCCAUAUAGACCCUACAUCCCCAAACCAGCAGCCACAGCAUCCUACACCUACACCCUGCAACCUCUUAGGCCUGCUCAACCCUCAUCAUCAACUUUCUCUGGCUUCACAACCUCUCGUCCUUACCACUCCACAACCCCCUGGGUACCUUAUGGAGGUCGAUGGCCUGUUGGAGCAGGUCGAAUCAGUUCUCGACGACCCACAGCUGCACCUCCUUUUCGCUUGGUGUUGGGAGCUGAAGGUGAUGGGGUGAAGGCACGUAUUACCACUAUAGCCACAGCUAGUGUGUCAGUACUGGCAGAGAGUGAUGUGUUCCUACCCUGCAAAGCAACAGGGAAUCCUGAACCCAGCAUUGCAUGGACCAAAGUUUCAACAGGGGCCACCAUCCCAGCCAAUGCCAAACAUGGUACUCGUUUUGAAGUUUUGAAAGAUGGAUCUUUUGUUAUUAAAAACAUCCAGCUUCAGGAUAGAGGCCAGUAUCUAUGUACGGCCCAGAACAGGUUUGGAUCAGAUCGUAUUGUCAUCACCUUAGCUGUCCAGACUGAGGCACCCAAAAUCCAGCCCCCAAAGUCCACACAGAUGGCUGUUUAUUUGGGUAAAAGAGUAACUCUCGACUGCUUUGCCUCGGGGAAACCACCUCCCCAAAUUUCCUGGAUUCUCCCAGACAGGACAUUUGUACGUGAAGUCGGGACAGUUCACAGUCUCCUUUCUCCAAUGUCCCUGCUUCAAAAUGGGACCCUGCAAAUUCAUUCUUCCAAUUUCUCCAGCAAAGGAGACUACAAAUGUAUUGCAAGCAAUGCAGCAGGGGCAGAUACAAUAACUUAUUAUCUUCAUGUGGCAGCACUACCUCCAAGCAUCAGUGAAGGUGGAAUGGAUACUGUGAUCAUUCACCCAGGAAGGAGUGUGUAUGUCCACUGUUCUGUGGUGGGAGAACCUGUGCCCACUCUGAAAUGGAUGCUUCCAGCAGGUGUUACUGUUAAGGCAUCCCAGUUCCUUGGUCGCCGGCUUUUUGUCUUUCCCAAUGGGACGCUGUUUGUGAAGAAUAUUUUGCCAGCUGAUGCUGGAAGGUAUGAAUGUUUGGCCACUAAUACUGUGGGCAUGGCUAAAAGAACCGUCCAGUUGGAGGUCAGGGCAGAGUCCUCUCCCUUCUUCCACCAGCCUCCUCCUUCUCUUCCCAUCCCUCACUCCCACCACCUUGGUGCUCCGUCCCGCCAGCACUCUGUCUCAGCUAUGUAUGGUUCUGCUGUCUACCUUCACUGUCCUGAGUCAACUGGUUCCACAAGAGGGACCAUCUGGCAGCUACCCUCCAAGACCAUCAUGGAACAUCAAUACAGUCCAGAGAGACCAAUCAAAGUUUUCCGUAAUGGGACUCUGAGGAUUCUUCAGCUAACCGAGCUGGAUGGUGGGAAUUAUCUAUGUGUCUUUCAGCGGCCCAAUGGGGAGGAUAUAGAGCUCUUCCAGGUGGAGGUGGUAAUGACCCCUCCUAAAAUUGAACAUGUGAGGACUGCGCAGACCCGAGUCACCUUUGGUGAAAAUUUCCGGGUGGACUGUGUUGCAACUGGCCUCCCUGAUCCAGAUGUGUCCUGGGGUCUUCCCGAUGGAACUUUAAUUAACAAUGCACUUCAAUCAGACGACAGUGGCCUUCGCAACCGCCGCUAUGUUAUUUUUGGCAAUGGAACUUUACUUCUACAUCAGGCAGGGAAAAAAGACGAAGGGGACUAUACCUGCUAUGCCAAAAACAAACUUGGAAAGGAUGAAAGAAAAGUGAGUCUCAUGGUGGGACCCGUUGCUCCAAAGAUAAGAUCAAAAAUACCAUCAGUGGUGACAGUAAAGUUAGGAGAAUCAGCCAAAUUUAGUUGCCAGGCAAGGGGUGAACCUACACCAACAAUUAUGUGGAUCUCACCAGGAAAUGAUGUGAUACCAAUCUCAUCAGGAAAAUUUCAGAUCAUGGAUGAUGGGAUGCUUGUAGUGAAAAAAACAUCACUGGCUGACGAAGGUAAAUAUGCAUGUAUAGCACGAAAUGCGGCUGGUGACGAUGUUAAAAACAUGAAACUUGAAGUAGAACCACAGGAACCCUUUAUCAAUGGCAUGAAAGGGAAGAGCACCACAACAGUUUUGGCCGUGUUCUACCAAACAGUUCUUCUGGAUUGCAGAGUGGAAGGAAAACCCAAACCACGAGUCUGGUGGGUUUCUCCUCAUGGCCACUCACUACCAACGCCCUACCUGGGAGGUCGCUUCCAAGUCCACUUGAACGGAAGCUUGGAGCUGAGAGGAAUGAGGAGAACAGAUGAAGGGAGGUACACGUGUCUGGCUAAAAACGAUCUUGGUGAAGCUUCACUUUUGGUUGAAUUAGACGUAGCAUCACUAGCUGAGAAACCAAGUUUUGCUUUUCCAAAUAUUGAAAUCUUACCAUUAAAGCAAGAUAGUGGGCCGCUGAUCCUGGACUGCCCUGCACGUGGCAAGCCGAAACCAGAGUUUGCGUGGGUUCUACCCAAUGGGACAAUGUUAACACCUGGUGUUCGACUCCAUCGUUUCACACAUCAUCUGGGGAAUGGAAGUCUACAGAUUUCUCAAGCAGUUGCAAGUGAUAAGGGAGUGUACCGGUGCCUUGCAAAAAAUGUGGCAGGACAAGCAGAAAAACGUUACGCACUGGAGACGGGCCGAAAGCCAGUGAUCAGAGGAUCUACAGGGGGGGUGAAGAUCAAUUAUGGCUUAAAUCUCAACUUGCCAUGCACUGUGGACGGCUGGCCUCAGGCGUCAAUCACAUGGAGUCUACCAAAUGGACUUGUUUUGGAUAAACCUCAAAACAUGGGCCGAAUAUCUUUACUCUCCAAUGGCACCCUCCAACUCAGGCAGGUGUCCACGUUUGACAAAGGAACAUACAUUUGUAAAGCCUCCAACUCUUUUGGUUCAUCAACACUAUCCUACCCAGUUGCAGUGAUGGUUUUCCCGCCACACAUCACCAACACUCUGACCUCAAUCACAAGAGUCAGCAAGGGAUCACCAGUGACGUUGAACUGUGUUGCGACAGGUAUUCCCAAGCCGGAUAUUUCAUGGACACUGCCUGGACGCACAACUCUGGUUCCACAUAACCGGUUCACGGUCCAAGGAGGGAUUCACAUGACAGAAGAGGGCAGUCUGGUCAUACAGAACCCUGUACUCAUGAACUCUGGUAUUUACAAAUGCAAUGCUAAAAAUGCACUUGGAACAGAUUUUAAAUCUACCUACCUGCAAGUGGUCUGAGUUGCCACUAUGUGUUCUCUUAGGAAAUCCCAACGCACAAUUACAACCUAUAGAGGAUUUUCUCCUCAGGAUUGGAUUUUACAGCAUAACAAAGACUUACCGACUAGUGGCUCGGUUUGAGUCACAAUGAAAAGCAGCUUCCACUGAGUAAUGUUUCAAAGUUUUGGAUGUGGA